AUGAAGGGGACCCCCAGGAGCUUGGACACCCUGCUCUGGGUCUAUCACUUCCACAGCUCCACCGAGGUGAGGGUAUGAAAACGGCCCACCCAAGGUCUCCACCCCCCACUUCUAUCUUCCCUGGAACUUGCUCUGGCCGCAGCCCACGAAUAUCUGGUGCAAAGAUUUGGAGAGCUGAAGUUCUAGGAGCCCCAGGGAUCCAAUAAGCCAGCCGGCCGGAAGGCCACCCUAGGGCUGGUGCUUAGAGAAGCUGCGGCCAGCAUCAUAAGCUUCGGAGCCAACUUGUUAGAGUGUGGCUCUAAGAUCUCAGCCCUGUGGCUGCAGCAGGAAGUGCGACGACUGGACAGCAGCGACAGCAGUCCCAGCCUAGCCCCCAACGCUGGGGAUCUGGGUAGAGCACUGGCCCGGAUAGCCCUGGCCGCUGGGCAGGGGGCUCGGCAAGCUGGAGCUGCAGCACGUGAGAUCCUGAUCCAGGGGGCGUGGCUGUGCCUGCGUGGUCGAGGUUUGCAGGGGUCCACCUCAUCCCUGCAACAAGCCCUGCACCAGCUGGGCCUUGGAAUCCCUGGGGACCCGGUGAGUUCACCAUAAGAGACUUGAUACAGGCCAGAUGUGGCAGGACUGAGGAGAAACUAUGGCUUCCAGCAGUGGCGAGGAGACCAAGGAACCGGACAAUCCAUCAGUGCCCCAGCCCCAUUCCGCGUCCGAAUAAAUACCAGGACAGUACCAGACAGCCAGUGCUCCUCCAAAGUUCCCUGGCUUUGGCCUCGCCCCCACCCCGACCCCGGCUCCGCUCCGCCCUCCACAUUGGCCCGCAUCUCUGGUUGGAUGCACUUUGAGGUUACCUGCCCAGCAGCGGCACGCUCAGAGAAGUCUCUGGAAUUUUCUG